AAUGGACUGCUCAUCUUCCACGGAUUCUGUGUGUCUCAAACAACUGAACAAGUCUUUCUUUCUUUUCUGCUUCACUUUCGUUUUUUUGUUUCUCUUUAUCUAUUUUCUGCAUUUUGCCAAUGGAAGAGUUGGAGCAUUCGUCUGAUCAGGUUUUGGACCACAAUUCACAUCCGAAAAACAUGGACCAACCGUCGUCGAGCAAAAGCUCAAGUCCAACUGUUUCGUUCUUUGGUUUAUUUUUUGCUGCUGAUAAAAUUGACUAUUUGUUGAUGUUUGUGGGAAGUCUUGGGUCAUGCAUCCAUGGUGCAGCACUCCCUGUAUUUUUUAUUUUUUUUGGUCGUAUGAUCGACUCUCUAGGGAAUUUAGCUUUGGAUCCUCAUAAAAUGUCUUCAAAGAUCUCCCAGCAUGCCUUGUAUUUAGUGUAUCUGGGGCUUGCUGUUUUUGUAUCAGCAUGGAUGGGUGUUGCAUUUUGGAUGCAAACUGGGGAGAGACAGACUUCUCGUUUGCGUCUCAAGUAUCUCCAGUCUGUGCUUAAAAAAGAUAUGAAUUUUUUUGACACAGAAGCUGGAGACUCCAACAUUAUAUUUCACAUUUCCAGCGAUGCAAUACUAGUGCAAGAUGCAAUAGGCGACAAGACAGGCCAUGCCAUACGCUACCUUUCUCAAUUUGUUGUUGGAUUUGCCGUUGGAUUUGCAUCAGUAUGGCAACUUACUCUCCUCACCUUGGCGGUGGUUCCAUUAAUUGCUGUUGCCGGAGGAGCUUAUACUAUAAUUAUGUCUACCUUAUCAGAAAAAGGUGAGGCUGCUUAUGCUGAAGCUGGCAAGGUUGCAGAUGAGGUUAUUUCGCAAAUCCGCACUGUAUACUCUUUUGUAGGAGAGGAUAAAGCAAUUGAAACUUACUCUAGGUAUCUUAAGAAAGCGCUCAAAGUAGGGAAGAAAGGUGGGGUUGCAAAAGGAGUUGGUGUGGGGUUUACAUAUGGGCUAUUGUUUUGUGCUUGGGCGUUGCUUCUCUGGUAUGCUAGCAUACUGGUCAGGCAUCACGUUACAAAUGGAGCAAAAGCAUUCACAAUGAUUAUUAAUGUCAUUUUCAGUGGAUUUGCUCUUGGUCAAGCUACUCCAAACCUUGCUGCUAUAGCUAAAGGACGAGCUGCAGCUGCCAAUAUCAUUAGCAUGAUUAAAACAGACUCCAAUCCUUCUAAAAUUUCAGAAGAUGGGGCAGAAUUGCCAAAAAUAGAUGGGAAAAUUGAGUUUUGCAAUGUUUGUUUCACUUACCCUUCACGGACCGGUAAGGUCUUUGAAAAUUUAAGCUUUUCCAUAAGUGCAGGGAAGACCUUUGCAGUUGUUGGUCCCAGUGGCUCAGGAAAGAGCACGAUUAUAUCUAUGGUUCAACGUUUCUAUGAUCCUAAUUCAGGUAAAAUAUUAUUGGAUGGACAUGAUAUUAAGGCUCUUCGCUUGAAAUGGCUGAGAGAACAGAUGGGAUUGGUGAGUCAGGAACCAGCAUUAUUUGCCACAACUAUAGCUGACAAUAUUCUGUUUGGUAAAGAAGCUGCAAGUAUGAGUCAAGUUAUUCAAGCUGCCGAAGCCGCUAAUGCACAUUCUUUUAUUCAACAAUUACCUGAUGGCUAUCAUACUCAGGUGGGAGAGGGAGGAACUCAGCUUUCUGGUGGACAAAAGCAAAGAAUAGCUAUAGCAAGAGCAGUGCUGAGAAACCCAAGGAUAUUACUUUUAGAUGAGGCUACAAGUGCUCUUGAUGCAGAAUCAGAGCUUAUUGUUCAGCAGGCCCUGGAUAAAAUCAUGUCAUAUCGGACUACGAUCAUUGUCGCUCACCGCCUAUCCACUAUUCGAGAUGUUGAUAGCAUCAUUGUCUUGAAGAAUGGUCAAGUUGCUGAGAGUGGGAACCAUUUGGACUUGAUAUCUAAGGGAGGAGAGUAUGCAACUCUUGUGAGCUUGCAAGUGUCAGAACAUCCGACACAUUCAAGUUCAAUGGAUCAUUCUGAAGCUGUCAGGAGUCCCAGCUUUCGAGAACUUUCCCAUGGUCAAAAUAACCAGCAGGAUUUUAAAUCAAUCUCAAAAAGAGAGGGGCAGUCAGACCAUGAAAGCAUGUAUUCUGCCACCCCAACAAUUGGGGAACUAGUAAAAUUAAAUGCACCAGAGUGGCCUUAUGCACUGCUUGGGUCAGUGGGUGCAAUUCUGGGUGGCAUGGAAGCUCCUCUGUUUGCCCUUUUGAUUUCUCAUGUCCUGACAGCAUUUUAUUCCCCUGAUGUCUCUGAAAUGAAACAUGAGAUUCGACGGGUAGCUUUUAUUUUUGUUGGAUUGGCUGUUGUUACCAUUCCUAUAUAUCUUCUGCAACACUACUUCUAUACAUUGAUGGGAGAGCGUCUUACCGCUCGUGUUCGCUUAUCAAUGUUCACAGCUAUACUUUCCAACGAGAUUGGCUGGUUUGACUUAGAUGAAAAUAAUACCGGCUCACUCACAUCAACUUUAGCUGCUGAUGCAACCUUGGUACGAAGUGCUCUAGCUGACCGUCUCUCGACGAUUGUGCAGAAUGUUGCACUCACAGCUACAGCAUGUGUUAUUGCCUUUACAUUAAGUUGGCGCAUUGCAGCUGUUGUUGUUGCCUCAUUCCCUCUGCUUAUUGGAGCUUCCAUAGCAGAGCUACUAUUUCUCAAGGGGUUUGGAGGAGACUAUCAAGCAUACUCUAAAGCAACUUCUCUGGCUCGUGAAGCACUAACCAAUAUUCGUACUGUCGCUGCAUUUGGGGCUGAAGAACGAAUCUCUUUUGAGUUUGCCUCUCAACUUAACAAACCAAACAAGCAAGCACUCUUACGGGGACACAUGUCGGGUUUUGGCUAUGGCCUCACCCAGCUUUUUGCUUUUGGUUCCUAUGCACUUGGUCUUUGGUAUGCAUCAGUCUUAAUCACACACAAAGAAUCAAAUUUCGGACACAUCACAAAGUCUUUCAUGGUCUUGAUAGUCACUGCAUUGUCUGUAGCAGAAACACUUGCCCUUGCACCAGAUAUUGUGAAGGGUUCACAAGCACUCGAGUCAGUUUUCACUAUUAUCCAUAGAAAAACAGCUAUAGAUCCUAACAAUUCCACAUCGAAGGUGGUGACUUAUAUCAAUGGGGAUAUAGAAUUCAGGAACGUGACCUUCAAGUACCCUGCCAGGCCACAUAUUACUAUUUUUGAGCGUUUAAAUCUCACAGUUCCAGCAGGCAAAAGUCUGGCUGUAGUGGGCCAAAGUGGAUCAGGCAAGAGUACUAUAAUCUCGCUGAUAUUGAGAUUCUACGACCCCAUUUCUGGAACAGUUCUGAUUGAUGGAUGUGACAUUAAAAGCUUAAACUUGAAAUCCCUAAGGCUAAAAAUAGGUUUGGUUCAGCAGGAGCCAGCACUGUUCUCCACAACUAUUUAUGAAAACAUCAAGUAUGGGAAUGAAAAUGCCUCAGAAAUGGAGAUAAUGAAAGCAGCCAAGGCAGCAAAUGCUCAUGGAUUCAUCAGCAGAAUGCCUGAAGGCUAUCAAACUCAUGUGGGCAAUAGGGGACUGCAGUUAUCUGGGGGGCAGAAACAGAGAGUUGCAAUUGCUCGAGCAAUACUGAAGGACCCUUCCAUUCUUCUUUUGGAUGAAGCUACUAGUGCAUUAGAUACAACAUCAGAGAAGGUGGUUCAAGAGGCCUUGGAUAUGCUUAUGGAAGGGCGAACAACAGUUCUGGUAGCCCACAGAUUAUCAACCAUUCGUAACGCAGAUAGUAUUGCUGUGCUACAAAAUGGGCGGGUGGCUGAAAUUGGCAGCCACAUGCAGCUCAUGGGAAAACCUGAUAGCAUUUACAGGCAACUAGUAAGCCUACAACAGGAGAAGAGCACAGAGUCAUAAUUAAUCGUCUUCCACAACUCAAACACCGAGUAAUGAGGACUCCAAGCCUAACAAAGCUUGGCUGCUAUAAAAGAAGGUAUGCUCCCUUUAAAAUCGUGCGUUUUCUUCAAGCACUAAGUUUGUUUGCAAAGUUAAUAUUUUACAAGAGAUAUGUAUACUUGGAUAUGCUGAAAUAUGAAGUGAUAUUGAUUGCAAGAUGUUGAUAAAUGAUACUGCAAUUGCUUUAUUUUUGACUCA